UUGAAAGAGUUAAUCAAGUACAAGGGCUACCAGGUUCCUCCAGCGGAGAUAGAAGCAGUGCUUCUGCAACACAAGGGAGUUCGCGACGUAGGCGUUGUGGGGUUGCCUCAUGAUUUGGCAGGCGAAGUACCUCUCGCAUUCGUUGUGCCUCAAACUGGUGUCGAGCUCUCGGAAAAAGAGCUUCAAACGUUCGUGGCUGAAAGGGUUUGUAAAGUAUUUUUUUAUAGAAAAAGGGUAUAUGCAAGCACAAACUAA